UAAAUGAAUCCAAUCUUCAAUAUUUUCAAUGGCUUCUGCCUUUGUGAGCUCCAAAACCAGUUGCAGCAAAUGAUGCCUGUUUCUGAGAGGUCUCAAUAUAAACAUCAGAAUCAAGUCAAGGCAAUUCACACAUAUGACUUCUAGAAAGACCAAGAAAAACUGAAGACCAAGCUCUCCAAAGAAGAAAGCCAAUGUUUGCAAAACUAAAAGAGUCAGCAAGAGGAGAACCAGAUUCAUAUGCGUGACCAAGAACUCGGUGAAUUAUCAGACAGUGAUCAUAGUCGAAGGCAAGAAGACUUAUGUUGGUAGAUACACUCUCGAAGUCGAUGCAGCGAUUACCUUCGACUUCUACUCACUGAUGCUGCACAACAACUAGGCUCCGACCAACUUUUCAUGGAGAGCCGAAGAUAUCUUGGAAAUGCUG